GGGCAGCGAGUGGCGGGGCCCGGUGCCUAGCGAGCGCGGCGUGGAGAGCGUCGCGCGGCCCCUCGCGCCGCGGGCACCGUCUGCAGGCCACAGCCCCCCGCGAGGCGGCCCGCCGGUCUUCGGCCGCCCGUCCUCUGGCCGCUGUGGGGCGCGCAGCGGCGGCAUGAAGGUCACGUCGCUCGACGGGCGCCAGCUGCGCAAGAUGCUCCGCAAGGAGGCGGAGGCGCGCUGCUUGGUGCUCGACUGCCGGCCCUACCUGGCCUUCGCCGCGUCGAGCGUGCGCGGCUCGCUCAACGUCAACCUCAACUCGGUGGUGCUGCGGCGGGCCCGGGGCGGUGCGGUGUCGGCGCGCUACGUGCUGCCCGACGAGGCGGCCCGCGCUCGGCUGCUGCAGGAGGGCGGCGGCGGCGUGGCGGCGGUGGUCGUGCUGGACCAGGGCAGCCGCCACUGGCAGAAACUGCGGGAGGAGAGCGCCGCGCGCGUCGUGCUCACUUCGCUGCUGGCCUGCCUGCCCGCCGGCCCGCGGGUCUACUUCCUUAAAGGCGGGUAUGAGACCUUCUACUCACAGUAUCCUGAGUGCUGUGUGGAUGUGCCCACGUCACAAGAGAAGAUGGAAAGUGAGAGAGGCCUCCUCAGCCAGUGUGGCAAACCUGUUCUCAGCGCCGCCUACAGACCAGCUUAUGACCAGGGUGGCCCAGUUGAAAUCCUUCCCUUCCUCUACCUUGGAAGUGCCUACCAUGCAUCCAAGUGCGAGUUCCUCGCCAACCUGCACAUCACAGCCCUGCUGAAUGUUUCCCGCCGGACCUCUGAGGCCUGCACCACCCACCUACACUACAAGUGGAUCCCUGUGGAGGACAGCCACACCGCCGACAUUAGCUCCCACUUUCAAGAAGCCAUAGAUUUUAUUGACUGUGUCAAGGAAGAGGGAGGCAAGGUCCUGGUCCACUGUGAAGCUGGGGUCUCCCGGUCGCCCACCAUCUGCAUGGCUUACCUCAUGAAGACCAAGCAGUUCCGCCUGAAGGAGGCCUUCGAUUAUGUCAAGCAGAGGAGAAGCGUGAUCUCUCCCAACUUUGGCUUCAUGGGACAGCUCCUUCAGUAUGAGUCUGAGAUCCUGCCCUCCACACCCACCCCUCAACCGCCCUCCUGCCAAGGGGAGGCAGCCAGCUCCACGUUUAUAGGCCAUUUACAGACACUGAGCCCUGAUAUGCAGGGUACCUACUGUACAUUCCCUACCUCAGUGCUGGCACCGGUGCCCACCCACUCCACAGUCGCAGAGCUCCACAGAAGUCCUGUGGCCACAGCCACAUCCUGCUGAGACUGUGGGCGGCUACCAGCGAAUCCCCAAGAGCAACUGUGAUUUUUGUUUCUUUUAAACUUGUGGACAUUUCAGACCCGUGCAAUACUGAAGACCUCUCUCUGUCCCGCUGCCCCAGUGAGACGCUGAGCGGCCAGCAGACUUGCAGAUGCACUUCAGACUAAACCCAAGGAUGGGUCCUCGGGAUUGCAGGAAGGCCAAGCCAUGCCCCUAGCACAGCUCGUGCUAACUACUGUACUUCCUGAAACCCCCGCCCACUCAGGACCACCUAGUCCUUGCACCUCAAAAGUUCGCCUUUUCAUUUCAAGCUUAAGGCAAUAAGCACUGGCAGCAAAGUGGGAGCGAGCCGCAAAGUGGGAGUGAGCCGCGAGCCGCGCUGGACCAGGAGAGAAGAAGCCAGUUCACCUGGAAGGAAGCACAAUUUUCACUGUUUUUUGAACUUCAGUAAACUUUGUCUGUCUCUGUCGCUUCAGGGAAGAGAACUGGUCACUGCCCAGUCAGAAAAGUUAACCCUGCUAGAUUUGUCAAGACAAAAGUCCCUGCCACUCUGUA